GGUACGCCGGUCCUACUAUGCUUAAAUUUUACUGUGUUGUCAUCUGACUUGCCACUAUAUUGUACAUUAAAGGCUUGAGCCACCUGAUACAGUAGCAAUAUACAAUACAUAAUGGUGUAAUAUCAUUGACACAAUUUCCUUUUCCGGUGCUUGAAAUGAACAGCUGUGAUGGGUGAUGGUGAUGAUUUUUCGCAUUUGUGGUAUAUUUGGUGCAAAUUCAUGUUCCCUUACAAACCGCCGUCCAAAGGCAUCUAUCCAUAUUAUCCAGGGUGUCAUGUGCGGAAUUUUACUAUCCAGUUUUUUUGUUACACUGCUCUUCAGCAUGAGUUGACCGUUAACACCUUUAUAACCGGCUUUUAUUGCGACGAAUUUGAGUGUGUUAUCUCUCGUGCACCUGGACCUCCGGGAUCUGGUGAUAAUGGGGAUCUUCUGAAUCCAUAUAAGUGCUGCAAGACACCGAAAGGUUAUUAUAUCGACUACACCGCCUGCUAUUAUCAGCCGACGCACGACCAAUACGGGGAAUUUUAUGAUGCGUCGUCGCGGCAUUUUCUUGUCUUCUGUGCCACGGGUUACGUCAUGACCGGCUUGAGUCGUAAAGUGAAUCCGUGGAAGACGCCAGAUUCCGACAUCGACUGGCUGCAAUGUUGUCGUGUGGCGUACGGCAUUAAGCCCCCUCAACCACCCCCACAAGCGAAUAACCAAUCAGUUUACUCCACUCCGACCAUUGAGAUGCCGACGGCCUACGAAUAUCCGCCGCGACGGCGUUCCAACCAAAUGGCCCACUCACGAUUUCCCGCUGAUGCUCGUUCGGGAGGUCUGUCGAUGAAUCUGGAAAUGACCACAAAUUCCCAUUUUCAGCCGGGCGAGAACACACAUCCAUGGAUGUAUAAUGAACUGCCCAUUGCCGGCGAGGAUGACCACCGAGAUAUUGUAACCUUUAGUAGCGAUGCUGCUGAUGCUGUUGAUAAUCCUCACACAUCGGACGACCAUUAUCUGGAGCAGUUAAGGAAUUUUUUUGCGCCAAGAUCAGGAGGUGAUAAUAACCCUGCUCAACCGUUGAUUCUUUCUGAUGACAUACCCCGCAUUCAGUCGGUGUAGGCAGCAGUCGGUGGCCAGUGAGUUUGUUUUUGUUUGUGUGUUUUGCAGAUCUUAAUGCAAUUAAUGCGCAUUCUUUACCGAGGCAGUAUUUGAAUUUGUUGAUUUCUAAAUGCGAUAUUGAUUACAGCUAAAUGUAAUGAGGGUGUUGAUUAAAUGUAUAGGAAUUACAUUUGUCCUACUGGAUGCCGUAUGGCAGUUAUGAUUUUGAACUUUCAUGGAGCUCAUUUUGUCGGCUCGGGGAUGAAUUGUUUUCUAGCGGACCAAGCCGAGCAAAUGACGAUAAAAGCUCAACCUGA